AUGGAGCUAGUUGUCAAUUCAACUGAAGAUUCAAAGAAGCCUAUCGUUGCAGCAGUAGAGGGACUUGCUCUUGGAGGUGGAUUAGAAUUGGCCCUGGGAUGCCAUGCAUGUGUUGCUGCUCCGAAAGCUCAACUAGGCUUGCCGGAGCUGACACUUUGUGUUAUUCCCGGAUUCGGAGGUACACAGCGUCUUCCAAGGCUUGUUGGGAAGUCUAAAGCAGUUGAAAUUAUGCUGACAUCUAAACUAAUAAUGUCGGAAGAAAGGCAGAAACUAGGACUCAUUGAUGCUAUUGUAUCUUCUAAGAAGCUAUACUAA